AUGGCGAUCAGAGCCGGUGCGGACGCAGCGCGACGGCCGCCGAGGGACCGACCGCUGCACCAGUUCACACAGAACUUCCUGACUACGCUGAACGCGAUCAAUGCGAACUACUACCGCAAGCACAACCCCAAGCCAACCGAUGGAUCGCUUACGAAGAAGGAGAAGACGAAGAAGACACUGAAGACGAGUGUGCCAGCGAAUUACGUUUUCUCCGAGACGGGCGACGAGACGUUUCACAACGGCCGCUACCUCGUGCGCGGUCGGAAACUUGGCGCGGGAUCUUUUGGACAAGUUGUGGAAGCUCAGGACCUGGUGACGAACAAGGUCGUGGCCAUCAAGAUUGUGCAGAAGAAGCAGCAGUACACGGACCAGGCACAGAUUGAAAUCAGCAUCCUCCAGCGGCUGCACCGUCCGCAGCAACUCGAUGCAACGAACCACAUUGUGAGGCUGGUGGACGCGUUUAUGCACGAGGAGCACCAGUGUCUGGUGUUCGAGCGGCUGGGACCGAAUCUCUUCGACGUUCUGCGCGGCACCAACUUCAAUGGUAUUAGUCUUAAGCUACUGAGGAAGUUUACGCGGCAGAUCUUGAAAGCGCUGGAGUACAUGCGACACCCAAAUUUGAGCGUGAUCCAUUGCGACCUCAAGCCAGAGAACAUUUUGCUGGUUUCGCACGGUCAUAGCUCUCUCAAGCUCAUUGACUUCGGCAGCUCGUGUCUUUCGCAGAACCAGAUCCACCGGUAUACGCAAAGUCGCUUUUACCGCGCGCCGGAAGUGUUGCUGGGCAUGCGAUACACUGCCGCGAUUGACAUGUGGAGCCUUGGCUGCAUCUUGGUUGAGAUGCAUACGGGUAAACCUUUGUUCUGCGGCUACGACUCGGUAGACCAGCUCCACCGAAUUAUCAACGUGCUCGGCAUGCCGCCGCGUGAGCUGCUAAACCGGGCAAAUCCCCGGUACCGGAGCGUCUACUUUGACGAAAUCGUGAUUUGCGAAGGCGACGUCAAGUGCGUUGACUAUCGUCUGAGAGUGCACAAGGUCGUGCCGCCGAAGGGCAUUGACGUGAUACCUGAAACGUGCAAGACCUUGGCUGAGAUUCUUGCGAGUGCUGACAAGUAUGGGACGCCGAACCACGGUCCAGAGCAGUAUCCAGCGUUCCAUGACCUCGUUUUGCGCAUGCUCGACUUUAACCCAGAUACACGAAUCACGCCGACCGAGGCAUUGCAGCACCCGUUUCUGAUGGGCAUGCGUCCGAUGCAGCUAGAUGAACCGACGGAGGCGGGUGGACACAGCUGCGGUAGACAAAUGACACCGGCCGAGGCGCUGCAGCACUCACUACUGACGAACAUGCGCCCGAUGAAAUUAGAUGAACCGAUGGAGGCGCCAGCGGCACAGGGGGAGCUCAAAUUCAGGCGGGCAUCCGCGAUGCACGAUAUUCGUGGUCGCAACGCCGAACCGCUAACCCGUGCGAAGAAGCGCCGCUUCGUUGGCAAGCCGGCGAAUGAGUCAUGA